CCCUACCUCCUUCUGCUGUUUCCUCCCGGCUACCCGGCAUCCUUUGCGAAGUGGCAACGUAAGCCGGUCGUGGCAAAGGCGGCGCCUGCGCAGUGAGAGGCGUUAAAAAAAAAAAAAGCCGGCUGAGAGGUUUCCCCCGGCCGGUUGACGGACCGACGGCAAAACGGUGGUUCGCUCGCCGACUGUGGAGUAGCCGCUUCGCCCUUCGCCUAAUCGGGACCAUGGCAAGUCCAAGAACAAGGAAAGUCCUUAAAGAAGUCAGAGUGCAAGAUGAAAACAAUGUUUGUUUUGAGUGUGGUGCAUUUAACCCCCAGUGGGUGAGUGUGACCUAUGGCAUCUGGAUCUGUCUGGAGUGCUCAGGAAAACAUAGAGGCUUGGGAGUUCAUCUGAGUUUUUGUGCGCUCGUCACAAUGGACAAAUGGAAAGACAUCGAACUGGAGAAAAUGAAGGCCGGUGGGAACCUUAAAUUCCGAGAGUUUUUAGAGUCUCAAGAUGAUUAUGACCCUUGCUGGUCGAUGCAAGAGAAGUACAACAGCAGAGCUGCGGCCCUCUUCAGAGAUAAGGUGGCCGUGUUAGCUGAAGGUAAAGAAUGGUCCAUUGAAACUUCUGCUGCUCGGAAUUGGAGUCCCCCGCAGCCCAAUGGUGGCUUUGUCCUCAGCUCAUCGCAUGAAAGUUCUGGGGGGCAACCGCAGAAUGCCGGCCCCACUUCUGAUAAAGCAUUUGAAGACUGGUUGAAUGACGACUUUGCUUCCUAUCAAAGUGGCCAAGAAAACCGCUAUGUUGGGUUUGGGAACACAGUCACCCCUCCCAAAAAGGAAGAUGACUUCCUAAACAACGCUAUGUCUUCUCUCUACUCGGGCUGGAGUAGUUUUACAACUGGAGCGAGCAAGUUUGCAUCGGCAGCAAAAGAGGGCGCUAGCAAGUUUGGCUCUCAAGCAACUCAAAAGGCUUCAGAGUUAGGUCAGAGUUUAAAUGAAAAUGUUCUCAAACCUGCACAGGAAAAGGUGAAAGAUGGAAAGAUUUUGGACGACGUUUCCCAGGGAGUCUCACAUUUUGCUUCCAAGGUCCAGGGAGUGAGUACUAAAAGCUGGCGAGAUAUGACCACUUUUUUUUCUGGAAAACCAGAUGGGUCUUCUGAAAGGCCCCCGGAUACAGAGAGCUACCAGAACAGCAAAAGCGAUGGCUACCAGAACAACACCGCGGAUCAGAGUUUUUGGGAGACCUUUGGCAACUCGGACCCACCCAAAACCCACAAGUCCCCAAGCAGUGAUAGCUGGACGUACGUGGACAAUUCGGCGGAGAAGAAGAGUUCCGACAGCUGGGAUGUGUGGGGCUCUGGCACUGUUUCCAACAACAAGAACAGUAAUGGUGACAGCUGGGAGAACUGGGAGACCAACUGGGAGAACGCUGCAGGGGAGGGCAAAGCCAAAAAGACCGCCAAGAAGACCACAAAAGAGCCCUCUUCAGCUCCCGAAGAAGAAUGGGACAACCACAACUGGUAGGACUCGUUCAGUCGCCAGCAUAGCGGAAGUGGGAGGUGGGGGGAGGAGAAAUAUCACACCUCUCAUGGAAGAAUCUCCCACAUAACUGGACUAACCAACAUCCUUCGUGUGUGUAUGGGGGGGGGGGGGGAGACCUCUUUACACCUCGCACCUGCUGUUCCAUUCUCUUUCCACUUCCUGUUUACAACCACCGUCGUCGUAACAACAACAACAUCAACAAAAAAUCACCCGUGGGUUUGCGGAUUCUUGUAGUUACCAUAAGAAGAGCUGAAGUCACAUCACGGAAAUGACCGUCUUCGCGUCAGAUAAUAUCCUCCUCGCCAUGCCGCUGUCCUCGUGGGGGUUUGCCCAACUUCCUGAAACCCGAGAACCUCCAGAGGAAGCGGUUCCCUGCCAGCCUUGCCAUCCUUAGCACACAACGUUUGCAUGUGUCGUUCGGCAUACUCGCACAACUUCGGAGGGGGGGGGGACUUUGGCUGAUGUUUUGGAGGACUUCUGGGUAGCCUGAUACAGAGUGGGGUGGGGGUGGGGAGGGCUAUUUUAGCCAGGUAACCUAUUGUGACUGAGAUGGGAUGGCUUGCAACCGAGCCAAAAUAUACUGUUUAAGAUAUUGUGGAAGAUAUUGUAGAUGGAUCCAAGUUUAUUUAAGGGUGUAUGUGUGUGUGGUUUUUUUUGUUAAGGACACUGCCCUCUUAAUAACUUCAGUUCUCUUACUUAGAAGGAAACAAACAGCAUUUCUAAAAACUCUUCUUUUUUUAAAAAAAAAAAUCCCAUUCUUGGCUUUGGCUGCUUUCAACAGGUGCAAGAUUCCUCCUCCUUUCUCCCCCCCCCCUUAAUACAUUAAAUCUCCUGUAUUUUUCCCUCCAUUUAAUAUUCCAUACAUUCCUCAAUUUUAGCGUAAUUGCCAGACACAAACAGUGAUGGAAAAACCAGGCAGGAUAGGCGGGCAGUUUUCAAAAUGGGACAUGCCAACGUCAGAAGCCAACCAUUUUGAUAACCGAACAAACCAUUUGGAACUUCGCUCUUAUAAAAAUUACAUUGAUCGGAUUUCCGCAUUAGAUUUCCAACUUACUCUUUCCCUUCCGCUCCUCUUGUGCCCGGAAGGAGACCUACUGAAAAAAAUAACCCGAUUGCAAUGUUUAUCAUUUUGAGCUUUGCUGCAUGAAUUUGAGAAGAAGAAUCAUCCAGUAUCCUUUUCUACAAGGUCUGAUGUCAGUACUGUUUUUGGUGCUUGUGAUCAGUAGAUUGUUUUUUUUUUAAAAUAAUCUAUGUGUAUUUAAAUACUGCAGUGUUAAAACCACUAAGAGGCAGGAAACAGUGAAUCGUGGUAAAUAAUUGGCCGGAUGUCACAAUGAGGCUUUUCAGGAACCAGGGUGGAAAUCUGGUUUGUUUUAUCUAAGGAAACCUUUGGCUUGGCUAAUGGAUACUCCUGGACUUCCACUUUCUCAGAAUUGAGCUGAAAUCGUCUGCUGUAUAUAUAACUGUGUGUGUUUGUGUGUGUGUAUCAGGGCACAUGGAUAAACACACAAAGAAAUCAUGAAGUAUUAAUAGUUUCCUACAAUUUUUAUGUAUUGUUCAAUAUGUCAGUAUCUUAUCUUGUGAAGAAAUAUGAAGUACUUGAGCUGCUGUGUGAUACUUUUCACUCGUUUUUUUUUCUCCCCACCUUCCCCAAAUUGCUAGCGAAAUUUCUCCUCUUCCCUGGUGAUUUUGCUUCCUCAGUUUCAGGUCCCUGUUUUCACUCCCUUGUGGGCUUUCUAAUCAGAGGAAGGUGGUUAGGUUGUCUGUGCUUCUCUUUCAAAAAUGUGCUUUUAUUUUUCUGCCAAACUUCUGAGAUUUUGUGACCUCAUAAAAACCGCACCUUAACUUUU